AUGGAAAGAAACGCCAAAAGGCAAAAAGGAGCGAAAUAAGGAAAUGUGUCCUAGUAUCACGUUUCCACCUCUUGAAUUUCCAGACACUCUGAAAAACUGAAAAAAGGGGAAAAGCUCGCAGUCUGAGAAAUCUUCGAAUUCGUGGUUUCUUUGACUUGCCAAGCAAACCAUUUUGUUACCUCUUUUUGGUAAGGGCUGCUUCCAUUUGAAUUCUCCAAAUGCUGAAACUGAUGUUGGCAUCAAAUUGCCCAAGAUUGAAUUUUGUCACGGUUGACAUGGUCAGUGAGUUGGUGAAACAGUAAGUGACUGAACUGAAAUUUCAGAGAUCUGAGGAAGCUGUAGAUAUUAUGGCUUGUAGAGGGUGCUUGGAGUGCAUACUGAAGCUCCUCAACUUCUUGCUGACCCUCGUUGGUCUUGCCAUGGUUGGUUAUGGGAUUUACUUAUUUGUCGAGUAUAAAAGAGCAGAUAAUGACACAUCAUUGGCUCCUGUGAGUGGUGAUCAAAGUUUGAUGCAGCUUGGUCGUCCAAUGCUUAUAGCUGUGUCAUUUUCAGAAAGUAUCCUUGAUAAGCUGCCCAAAGCUUGGUUUAUUUACUUAUUUAUUGGUGUAGGAGUGGUUCUCUUCAUCAUCUCUUGUUUUGGUUGUAUUGGAUUUGUGACAAGAAAUGGUUGUUGCCUCAUUUGUUAUUCAGUAUUGGUUAUCAUGUUGAUAUUGGUAGAAUUGGGAUCUGCAGCCUUCAUUUUCUUUGACAAAAGUUGGAAAGAAGAACUUCCAACUGACAAAACUGGUGAUUUUGACAUGAUAUAUGAUUUUCUGAAAAAAAACUGGAACAUUGUGAGAUGGGUUGCUCUUGGAGUAGUUAUUUUGGAGGCUCUACUUUUCGUGUUAGCCCUUAUUGUUAGGGCUGCAAACAGGCCAGCAGACUAUGAUAGUGAUGAUGAGCUUAUUGCCCCAAGACAACAGACCCGCCAGCCUUUGCUUAACAGACCACCAGGCCCUGCAACAGGUGUGGCUGCUGCUGGUACCCUUGAUCAGCGACCUAGCAGAAAUGAUGCUUGGAGCGCGCGAAUGAGGGAAAAGUAUGGACUUGAUACUUCCGAGUUCUCGUACAACCCGUCAGAGUCACACCGGUUCCAGCAAUCGUCCACAGAGUCUGCAGAAGAAAGGAGCCGAUGCACCAUCAUGUGAUAACUUAUGGGUCUUGCUGGAAUUGGUUUUUUUGGAACCAGUCCGUGGACAAGGAUAUGAGAGUUCUGUUGCUCUGAAGUUUGUAUAUAAUAGACAUUGUUUUAUAACUAUUAGUUUAAUAUUUUAAUAUUUUUACGUAAACAUGAAAUUUAUAUUAGCAUAUAACUUGGUUAUAUUAUGUCUUUAUCAUCCGAUAAUAAUCAAUGUUUUAAAUUA